AUGGCCGACGUUGCAUUUGUGCCCCACCAACAACCCAAGGGCCGAAGUUGGUCUUUGUUCUCCUGGACACCGACAUCAGUGACGCUGGCGCAGGCGGCAGAAAACAGGUUGCUCUCUAGAUUUCAGUACUUUAAGCCAGCGAGUACCCUCGUGGGAGCUGCUACACCACAGGAGGCUCGUGAAGCUGUACAAGAAACAACCGAACUGCCAACACCAACCAAAGACAUCUCUCAAGAUAUUGCGUCGGUGCAAUCCACGGAGCCGAACGAGAGUUUGAUUGCCCGUGUGGGCCUUGUAGACGUUGGCGAUGGGCAAAUGAUCAACACACUAGUUAUCGAUCGAACAGAUGAAAAGUUGCAUCAUACCACGGGUGCUGGUAUCCUGCGAAGAGAACUGAGUCAUGGAUCAGGCGGCGAAAUGGUUCACUUGGAACAGGACGUGGCCCCCGUGGAAGAAGUUGGUCGAACGGGCACAAAGAAGAAGACUCUGGUUAUGGCGCACGGAUAUGGGGCUGGGUUGGGUUUUUUUUAUAGGAACUUUGCUGGACUGAGCGACGUCUCCGGCUGGAGAAUCUAUGCUAUCGACUGGCUUGGCAUGGCAAAUAGUAGUCGUCCGCCAUUCCCGAAAUUAAAACGUGGAGCAACGGAUGAUGAAAUCGUGGAAGAUGCGGAGACGUUUUUUGUAGAAUCAUUAGAAAAGUGGAGAGAGGCGAAUGGUAUUGAUUCAAUGACAUUGAUGGGACAUAGUCUGGGUGGUUACCUCUCUGCAUGUUACGCGUUGAAACACCCUGAAAGAGUCGAGAAACUUGUGCUUGUUUCGCCAGCCGGUGUUGGCAAAAUACCAGAAGGUCAGGAAGCGGCACUGAGACGACGUGGAUUCCUACCCGCGCUCUUUACGACGUUGUGGUCAUGGAAUGUUACACCCAUGUCUGUUAUUCGUACGAUGGGGCCCUGGGGUCCAUCACUGGUCCGCAAGUACACAAGUCGUCGGUUUGCCUACCUUGACCAGAGCGACGCAGACGAUCUGCACAGUUAUAUCUAUCAUAUAUCAGCUCAGACCGGAAGUGGAGAGUUUGCAUUAGCAAGAUUACUUUUGCCGGGAGCUUGGGCACGGAAACCCCUUCACGACCGCCUAGCCAAUUUGAAGAUGCCAACGACCUUCUUAUACGGAGCGCACGACUGGAUGGAUUACCACGCCGCCAUGAGUGCCGUUAAAGGAAUGAAGGUACCCACCCGAAUAGCCCGCGUAGCUGAUUCCGGCCAUCACUUGUAUCUUGAUAACCCAAUGGGGUUUAACAAUGCCAUGAUUGCCGAGAUGGUUAAUAAGGAUGUUGCGCGAAAGGGGGUGGAAGAUGUUGAGUAUGUUCAUGUAAAUGACCGGCGGUGA